UCGUACACGCGAUCGCCCGGUUGACAGUUUCAGGGCUCUCCGCUGCUUCUAAUUUUCUAAUUUUCCGGCCAGCUGUCCGAACUAAUCAAGUGGAAACUCUGCGGCGUAGAGAGCAAAAUAAGCUGUGAAUUCCCUUGACCAAUCAGCUUAAUGCAUUUCUAAUUACCAGUUUUUUCCCUGCAAUACUGCAAUACCAAUAAAAGAAACACUUUCUCUUUUUCGCUGACACAUUUCUGGGCUUUUUUUUGUUUGUUUGGUCGAUCGAUCCGAAGUGCGUGGGCGUGUUUUAUUUUUAAAAACAAUAUUUUGAAAUUUAUUGUGAAAACAAAACUAACCUUGGUCCCUUUUUUCCGAACGAAAAACAAUGUGGUCUGACGGCAUUCCAAAAAGUCAAUUGUAAAUAACUGCGGCUGGGCAAAUCAACGUUCAUUUCCCAACCGUUUUCUUUGAGCUACAAAAUGGCCUGCCUGUCGGACAUCGACUUGGCCACCUUGCACGAGAACCGCCUGGAGCAGCGCUGGCACUACGGGUUGCCCAACAGCGAUCACCUGUACCAUCAGCAUCACCAACAUUACCAUCAGCAUGACGGUUUUAGUCCCAUUACGCGCCUCUGUCUGGAGCAAAACCUUCAGAGGAAGCUCCGUCAGCGGGACCUGAAUGGGAACUGCCUGGAUCGAGAUAGUGGUGGCGAUGGCAGUAGUGGCCUGGCGGCAGGUAUGCAACGCCGACGCUCCGGCACCUGGCCGCGCACUCGCAGCCUGAAUGCCCCCUCGCCUGUUCAGCAAUUCGGGCCUUGUGGCCGCAUCAUGAAGAACUCGGCCAUGGUCAUGCAGAUCCAGGAUCCGGCCAGCCAGCGCUUGACCUGGUACAAGCCUCCACUCACUGUUCUGGUGAUCAAGAAGGUCAGCGAUGCUUCGGUGCUGGCGCCGUUCGUCCAACUGGUGGACUGGCUGCUACAGGAGAAGAACAUGGUGGUGUGGGUGGAAUCGGCGGUGCUGGAGGAUACCCUGCUCAACGAAGAUGUGCGCUUCAAGGCCAUUCGAAAUAUGCUGGUGACUUUCAAAGAUGGCCGCGAUGACCUGACCGAUCGCAUCGACUUCAUUGUCUGCCUCGGCGGCGAUGGGACCUUGUUGUAUGCCUCCCUGCUCUUCCAGCAAUCGGUGCCACCGGUGAUGGCCUUCCAUCUGGGCUCCCUGGGCUUCCUUACACCCUUCCGAUUCGACAACUUCCAGGAGCAGCUCACGAGUGUCCUCGAGGGACAUGCUGCCCUCACCCUACGCAGUCGUCUGCGCUGUGUGAUGCAACGCAAGGGCGAAAGGAAGCACGAGUCCAAGACUCAGGAGCAGGACCCAGCAGAUGCAGACGCCAGACCUGUGGCCAACAGCAUCCUGGUGCUGAACGAGGUGGUGAUCGAUAGGGGCCCGUCGCCUUAUCUGAGCAAUAUUGACUUGUUCCUCGAUGGCAAGUACAUCACCUCCGUGCAGGGCGAUGGCCUGAUUGUAUCGACGCCUACGGGCAGCACGGCCUAUGCUGCAGCAGCCGGUGCCUCCAUGAUCCAUCCCUCCGUGCCGGCCAUUAUGGUGACGCCCAUUUGCCCGCAUUCUCUGAGCUUCCGGCCCAUCGUGGUGCCUGCAGGAGUGGAACUGAAGAUCUCUGUCUCCCCCGAAAGCCGCAACACCUCGUGGGUCAGCUUCGAUGGUCGCAACCGACAGGAGCUUUUCCACGGCGACAGCCUACGAGUGACCACCUCCAUUUAUCCCGUGCCCUGCAUCUGUGCCCAAGACCAGAUAUCCGAUUGGUUCGCCUCCCUAGCCGACGGCCUCCAUUGGAAUGUGCGCAAGCGACAAAAGUGCCUCGACGAGCUGUCGGACCUCACGGCAUCCGGAUCGGAGGACACGCUGGACGAGAUCGAGAACAUGAAAUUGUAUGAUGUGUAGUAGUGCGUAAGUCUCUGUUGGUAAUCGUAUUGGUAGCAUAGAGUAGGGCUUAGUGCUAGUUCUUAGUCCUGUCUGCAAAAAGUCUUUUUAUCUAGUUUGUAAAAAAAGCCUCGAAUAUUUGCCAAGUUGUAUAAUUGUUUCCAAGAAAUUGUUAAAGCACAAAAAAACUAUAUUUUUUGAAACAAAUAAUGUAAAUUUCUGGCUCAUGUUUGAAUUAUGUAAGCACCAAGAUAAAACUUGGUCAUAAUCGAAAAGCUUUGCAAUAAUAUAGGAAUGUUAACUACCA